GAAGGAGGCAGCACACUGAUCCACAAAUACAGCAGUGCAGAGGUAAGGAGUGCAGGGAGGGGAGCUUUGCAGAGGCACAGCGUCUCUCAGAAGAAGCCACAGAACAUGCCCAGCAAGAUGAACUCUUUGCUCGCAUUGGCUGCAUUGCUAGCUGUGCUACCUGCCAUCUACAGCCAGAUCAUUGCAUGCAAGACGGAGGACAAUAAGCUGAGGGUGGACUGCACAUACGAUGUUCCAACAGUGUCGCCCAUCAACUACGAGUUCUCCUUCUCCAAAAUGGGCAGGGAAACCGUCAUCAUCACAAACAUGACCUCGCAGUCCGACCCCAAGAACAAGUUCGCCGCCUCCGUGAAGUACAUGCCCCCAAACAGCUACCGCAUGGAGAUGACCAACUUCCAAGUGAACGAGUCCACCACCUUCACCUGCAAAGCCAGGAACACCAACAGGAACACCAACAACCUGAACGUCUUGGUGGAAAAUGGAAAGCUGCCGGCGUGCUCUGCUUACAGCCUGCUCCUCCACAGCUCGCCCUGGCUGCUGUUCGCUCUCCUCUCCCUGCAGCUGCUGCAGUGUGGGGGCGCGGCUUCCAUCUGAGUAACAAACAUGGAGUCAUUUUAAAAGAAAAGAAAACACCUGCCAUGAAGCAAACAAGCAAACUAAGGGAACAUGCAUGAGAGCAUUUCCACUGUGGGGUCCAUGGUCCUUUUUUUCUCUGUGUCUCUUUUUUCAGUUAAUUAAUUAAUCAAUUGUCAAGGAAUGGCUACGCUGACGUCCCAGUCUGUCAAGGAAAAUAGUUAAUAUUUCUACUAGUACUAAUACUAAUUUUUUUAACCAAUUAUAUAUAUAUAUAUAUAUAUAUAUAUAUAUAUAUAUAUAUAUAUAUAUAUAUAUAUAUAAGCAGAGCAAAAUUCAGUAUGAGGCUGAAGAAAAGAAACUCAUAUCUUCCACUUUCAGAUACAUCUGUAAAAUACUUACAAUAGCACUGAAAUAAGAGAGGAAGGCGAGAGACAGGUGGCUUCAUUAGAAGGAGCAGACAGUGUGAGGUGAGGCACAGGACACACAAGCCAUGUUAACUUGAAAAAUAGACAUCUCAGGUGAAUAGCUUAAAGGGCAUGUUUCGCUUGAGGCAAGACUCUUAGAUGGAUUAAAAUCAUAACCUAUUAUACUCUGUUACAAAGAGGUUUUGAAAAAAAACAAAAAACUGAGAUUUAGUUGCAGGUAUCACGGGCCAACACCUUGGUUGUGCUGGAACAUGUCAAGUACCUUAGAAUAUGAACCAUUUAUUCACCUUACAAGCUAGGCAGAACCUGCAGGUCUAGCAGUCCUGUUACAUACACCCCUGUACUGCUACAGAAGGGUACAUAGAGCUAACACAGAGGAACUAAGGACAUUUCUGAAAGGCACUAAUCAAUUUAAAAAGAAUCUCAUAAUAACUAGGAGAGCACGAAUGUGGUACAUCAUCAGUGAUCUUCAUGCAAUUAUGGGUGUAACGGGACAGGCAUUCAAUACUGAUCUCAAGUUUCAUAAAGGUGUGUCGCAGAGUGUGUCCAAUCAUUAGCCUAACAGAUGCGUAAGAGGUCAGGGUUUCAGUGACCAAGCGGACUGCAUUCACAGCCAUUCAAAGCAGCGGCCUCCCGACAGGAAUAGGUUUUUCUAUUACACUCCUAUCUAGAACGUUUCUUCUGUUUAAAGAGCGCCCUCUUUUCCUUGACAGACCUCGAUAUGCUUAAGCUGCACGGAAUAAAUGCUACUUUAAGGGGUUUAAUGCUCAGGUAUAUUUCUGUGUAUUUACAAAACAUUAUUUCUUACACACCUCUUGUAACUCAGUCAUCUACUUCUACUACGAAUAAUAAUAUUAAUAGUAACACUAAUAAUAAUAAUAAUAAUAAUAAUAAUAAUAAUAAUAAUAAUAAUAAUAAUAAUAAUAAUAAUAAUAAUAAACUGCUACUGCUACUGCUAAUGCUAAUACUGAUUAUAUUGUGUUUGUAAAAGCUUAAAAUGGAAUAAUAUUGUGAAACUUCUUUAAUAAAGGGAUCGUUUAAAUGUUUA